AUGACUUCCACAAACAUCAGCGAAAGCAUUCCGUUCUACGACGUAUUCGGGUACUACGAGUGGACCCUGACAUUGGCAGAUCCUCGUACCAAAGGAUGGCCGAUGGUGGACUCUGCGGUGCCGACGGCGGCCUGCGUCCUCCUGUACCUGUUCAUCGUGUGGAUAGGGCCCAAAAUAAUGCAAGACCGGAAACCGUUCGACCUGACCUCGUUCCUGGUGCCGUACAAUCUGGCCAUGGCCCUGCUAAACCUCUACAUCUGCCUACAGCUUUUCGUCGGCUCGAUCAUGCGCCGGUACAGCUACAUCUGCGAACCCUGCCGGCAAAAUUUUGAUCCUGCGGAACUGCGGAUCGUGGACGCCGUCUGGUGGUACUACUUCUCUAAGGUGCUUGAGUUCUCGGACACGUUCUUCUUCAUUCUGCGAAAGAAGGACAAUCAGCUGACGUUCCUGCACGUGUACCACCACAGCACGAUGUUUUGCUUUUGGUGGAUCGGCGUCAAGUGGGUUCCGAGCGGAAGCACCUUCCUUCCGGCGAUGGUAAACUCGUUCAUCCACGUGCUGAUGUACACGUACUACGGUUUGGCCGCGGUAGGUCCGCAUAUGAACAAGUAUCUCUGGUGGAAGAAGUACCUCACGAUCCUACAGCUGGUUCAGUUCACCGGUGCAAUGCUGCUCGGCAUCAAUGGCAUCAUCACUGGGUGCGAAUUCCCACUCUGGAUGCACUACACCCUGAUCGGCUACAUGAUCUCGUUCAUAGUACUGUUUGGCAACUUCUACGCCCAGGCUUACUUGCAGGGCAAACCGAUCAAGCAGUUCGAGAUCAACUGUAUCGACAUGGGAGCGAUCAAGAAGGCCGACUGAGUCGUGUCGAAGCACCGAAAAGUCUUGCUCCUGGAGGGUUCUGCGACUAAGCAUCUGAUAAGCGUCAGUGGUUACUAUACCAACUGUUUUCAUCGCUAAGCCUACGCUUUUGUACAUUUAUA